AUGUCUGCACCACCUGCAAGAGGAUCGCAGAAGGGAGAUGUGUACUCUUUUGCUAUUUUACUGUACGAAAUAAUUGGUAGAGAAGGUCCAUGGGGAAAAAUCAAUCUAGAUAUGCAUGAUAUAAUUAAAGGAUUAAAACGACAAGGGCAGGAAGUACCAUUAAGGCCACCUAUAGACGAUCUAGGAUCUGCUGAUUAUAUCGUUAAAUGUAUAAAGGCUUGUUGGCACGAGGAACCAGAACAACGACCCGAUAUUAGAUAUGUUAGAGCAGGUUUAAAACCCAAUAUCUUCGAUAAUAUGUUAGCCAUAAUGGAAAAAUACGCUUACAAUUUGGAGGGGCUGGUCCAAGAAAGAACAAAUCAAUUAACAGAAGAGAAAAAGAAGACAGAUGCACUUUUGCACCGAAUGCUACCUAAUCGUGGAUUUUCGUUAGCAGAAGCGCUAGAUAUGGUUUACGGUGACGAAAAAUUAGCUGAGCAAGUCGAUAAUAUUUUUAUAACACCGCCAGAUGUAAAUGGUGCUGAUACAGACGAGGAUUAUGCAAAUGAAGAUGAAGAUGGAUUCAUAAAUAACCUAACAGGUAGGCAGCUACGAGCGCAAGCAGAAAUACAACUUUCUAGCAACGAAAGGAUCGGUUCUGACAAUGAAGAAGUGCAGACAGAUGGUAAAGGUGAGAUGCAAACAUAUUGGUUAGUGGGGGAUGAUCCAGCUCAAAGAUUAGCUAGAAUUAGAGAAGAAAUUGUAGGUUCUACAUUAUAUAGCAGCAUUAGUUCAGAAACUGUUUUAACAAUGAAACCUAAAUACACAUAUGACGAAUUGCAAAAAUUGGAUGAUGAUGAUGAGAAUGAACUUUUUGGAGAAAUUCUCGACGAUCAGACAGUUUAUUCAGAUAUAGUAGGGGAUAGUGAUGCUGAAGAUGAUAGAACCAUUUCAACAAGUACAAGUACAUCACUUAGCUCCCGUAGUUUUUGUGGUUCUACAACUAGUAGAGGCAAAGAAACUACAAGCGAAGCUCCAAAUAUUAGUAAUUAUGACUAUGAUGACAGUAUAGCUGAUCCAAAUAUUCUAUCCGAAAAUAUAACAGAAAAACGAUAUGUACACGCCAAUUUUAAAAAUGAUGAUAUAAGGUUGAGCAGUAAAACGCCGGACCUUUUGAGAAGGACGGGGGUCAAUCUGGAGAGCGAUUCUCACCUUUUCGAAAAUUGCCAAUCUUGUCUAUCGCAGGCUACAUGUCCGGUAGUUCAGCUUCAUCAGCGAGCAAGACGAGCAUUCAAUCCCGUCGAAAGUCAGGAAACCAUUGACGGUAGCUUCGAUAUGUUAUGCCCGGAAAUGUACAGGUACCACACAACCAGGUUGAAUUAUACUUGCGUCCAUAGAAACCCCAGAUCGGCCCCGACCAUCACCUUUAUGGAGCACAACGAGCAGUUCAUAUGAUUACCGUUUAAAAGGACGAAGAUCCAUCCAGUAUAAGUGUUACUUGUCAAUUAAUUCAAAUGUCUUUAUGUAAUUUCAAUGAAAUAUAUCUAUGUGUAAUACUCAGAGAUAAG